AUGGGUUCAUCCGAAAGAGGAGUUGAGGUGGUAGUGAAGAGGACAGAGGUGGUGGCACCUUUCGUGCCACUUACAGUGCACCGGCUACCCAUGUUGAAUUUGGACCUUUUGGUGCCACCUAGUUGCAUGGGCUUAUAUGACCAGAUCCAAACACUGCGCACCAGUGCACCACCAUUAGUCCAUCUCCAAAGCCGCAUUUACAAGAUCAGUGCUCGCCAAAUCCAGCAUCUCCAAUCUCUAGCAGGACCUGGUCGAACCAAAUUCGAGUCCUUGAGUGCCUUGUUAUGGAAGUUACUAGCAAAAGCCGCCACAGAAGACGAAAAAAGAUGCAAACUGGGAAUUGUAGUCAAUGGACGAAAUUUUAUUGGCAAAUCCACGAACAAUUACUUUGGAAAUGUGUUGUCAGUUCCGUAUAUUAAUGCUAGUGUUGGUGAACUUAAAUCAAUGCCUCUUUCUGAAACCGCAGAUAAAGUGCGUGCAUGCGUGGAGAGCGCAGCAAAUGAGGAGCAUUUCAGGGGACUCGUCGAUUGGAUUGAAACUCACCGUCCUUGUAGAGCAAUGUCCGCGAUUUUUUCAUUCCAUCCAAGUGACACAGAGCACGUGGCUGUGGUCAUCUCAUCGGGCCAGCUUUUUCCGGUCUCUAAAUUGAACUUUGGUUGGGGUCACCCCUCGUUUGUGUCCUUUCUUUCUCCUUGGAGAGGCAACACGGGAUUCGUCAUGCCAAUGCCCAGCCCUACGAAUAACGGGGAUUGGGUUGUGUUCAUGCAUCUUUUCGAAAAACACUUGGAUUUUCUGGAGAAAGAGGCGCCUCAUUUCUUCAAACCGUUUCGUUUAAGCCCUCUGGAAAAAUUUAGAGGAGAAUCUAAGCUAUAA